AUGAGCCGUAUCUACCACGACAGCGCCCUCCGGAACAAGGCGGUGCAGAACGUGCGGUUGCCCGGGGUUUGGGACCCCGCCGCCUACCAGGGGGGAAAUGGCAUCCUGCUGGAGGGAGAACUGGUGGAUGUAUCUCGGCAUAGCAUCUUGGAUGUCCAUGGCAGGAAGGAGCGCUACUAUGUGUUGUAUGUCCAGCCCAGUUGCAUCCAUCGCCGCAAAUUCGACCCCAAAGGAAAUGAAAUUGAGCCCAACUUCAGUGCUACUAGGAAGGUGAAUACAGGCUUCCUGAUGUCAUCCUACAAGGUGGAAGCCAAGGGGGACACCGACAGGCUCACUCCAGAAGCACUUAAGGGGCUGGUCAAUAAGCCAGAGCUGCUUGCACUGACAGAGAGCCUGACUCCAGACCAGACCGUGGCAUUCUGGAUACCUGAGACAGAGAUGGAGGUGAUGGAGCUUGAGCUGGGGGCCGGGAUACGGCUGAAAACUCGGGGUGACGGCCCCUUCCUGGAUUCAUUAGCCAAACUUGAGGCUGGAACAGUGACCAAGUGUAAUUUCGCUGGUGAUGGAAAGACAGGCGCAUCCUGGACAGACAACAUCAUGGCCCAGAAGUCUUCAGAAGGGGAUGUGGCAGAGACCCGAGAGCAGGGAGAUGGGGCAGAAGAUGAGGAGUGGAUUCAGCUACUCACUCCCUCUGGGUAG